CGGACGCGACGACGACCUUGCGGUGUGGCAGCGACGAGCUCUGGUCCUGGGCAUGGCGGCGCAUCCGCACUCCGCCUCCAUGUUCUGUGCCAUGGAUCCGUGCAGUGCCUCUGCCCCUCGCCGGCUAGCUGACAGCUACACCUCUCAUGUCUCCACGACGGCUCCACACAACCACGUCUAUGAACAGUAAACAGGAUUAAACUCGGGGACAAUGAGAUUUGUGUUCGGUAUGGGAUGCAAGCGCGGACUCACUCCAAAUGGUGAAUCAUUAGGACUCGGUGAGAAAUCUAAGACACGUGGUUAUACUAGUUUAGACCAAGGCCCUAGUCAAGUGUAGUGUUGGUUGUAGAAUUGCAGUAGAUUGUGUUAUAACUUGUGUGCUUGUGUCUAGAAAGAAGGUUGCCCUACCCUUUUAUAACUCAAGGGGGACUUUACAGUAGGAACUCAUAUUCUACCGAAAGGGAGCUUGGCUUGCUGCCUCUAGGUGGUUCGGUCGUGGCUCCUGCAGGGGAUCAAACUUCUAGUGCCCAGUCUUCCACCGCUCCCUGAGGGGGUCGCCGUUCAGUGAGAAUGAUACCUUGGGGGCGCCAGAGGCGCCUUCGAGUGCAGAAGAAAGGCAAGAAAGCCUUGCACCCUAUCGAGUUGGGCGAGGGAAUCGCCUCCUCUUCUGACUCAGAGGGUGCGUCCUCCACACCAUCUUCCACCGCUUUCGGAGGGGCGAAAGUCAUAGCGUUGGUGGGUGGCCCGUCGUGUCGUGGCGAUGCAGCAGUUCGCUCUAACGUCCCGGCCGAGACGGGUGGGCCGACCAUGGAUCCUGCCCUGGUCAUGGUGACACCGACCGUGGGGGUCACCGUCUCAGUUGGCAUGGCGCCGCGCCCUGUGGUGCCUUCGGCGCCCGAACGACGACGCGCGGGGAAAAACGUCCGGGCUUGAUUAGCCCCACUACGUAGUGGUGGUGGUGGUGGGCUCAGUCCAUACGCGGGGGGCACACGGUACAUGCCCUGAUGGCAACUACUUGGCACGCCUUUGAUGCGGGCUAGGGUUCUAUACUUCUAUCCUCGCGGGUACACUUGGUGAAAACUUGAUCGUUCGUCCCGACUCGUGAACUUACUCGGUGAGGUCUUUGUCAUCCAUGUCGCAUUGUGGAUUUGCUUGACAGAGACUUUAUAUAGUCCGCCUCCGGCACAAACUAACUUAGGUGUUGUUUGGUUUACAAAAUGUAAUGUAAAUAAUAAUGGUAAUGAUUUACACUAUAGUACCUGCUAUAACAAGUUUAAAUAGGCCAAUAUCCAUUUUUAGUGUUGUAUCUAAUUACAGUUGAACUUAACAAACAUAAUUUAACGUUAUCACGCCACUUUUUUUUUUUGAUCGUCUUCAUCCCGCAUCCGGCACAAACCAACUGCAUCAAGCUCCACCAGAGAAGACAGGCCCGCCGACGGCCGCAGCCGCGGGCGGACUCGUGAGUCGCGACUACGCCGCUGCAGUUCCCAACUCAGGGUGCCUGCCCGUAACCUACCCAAGAGCGGCCCCGCCAUGCGCGCGGAGGUCACCCAGAUCAGCGCCCUAACCGCCGUGGCCGCGCACGUGCUCUGCUCUGCGGGCCUUGCUGCCGCCCACGCCCUCGCUGGCCGCGGCGCGCUCGUCUCCGACCCCGCGCUCGCCCUUCGCCUUCUCGUGGUCUGUGAAGCGCCCAUAGUCAUCGCAGUGUUCAGCUACCUCCGGCGUGAUGCUAAAAGUUGCUCGUUUUUCAGGGCUGUUGCAAGAGGAUUGAUCGGCUUGCCCGUGGGAGCGUUCCUUAAUGCAUUUGGAGCAAUCAUUCUUGGGGCACCUGUUGGAGUCAAGUACUGGAUAGCUACUAUUUACUGGUCGCUUGUCAUGUCCCUGUUUACGUUUGUUCCCGCAGCAUGUGUCUUUGGAGCAUCCAGGAUCGAUUGGCAGGAUGUGCUUUCUCACUCCAUUUAUUUCACGCCAACUGAUGUUGAGAACUACAUGAUCUCUGCACCUUGCCAUGGAGCUGUGCUAGGAGCGUGGCUCGGUGCUUGGCCUAUGCCACUUGACUGGGAGAGACCAUGGCAGGAAUGGCCAAUCUGUGUCACUUAUGGUGCAGUUGCUGGGUAUUUGUUCGGAAUGGCAGUGUCAUUGGUCCUAACAGCACUUUACAAAAGAAGGGUUCGUGCAAAAGCUGACUAGCCGUUCUUCCCACAAAGCAAUGUAUUUGCUGAUAACAUUUCUUGUUCCUGCGAGUACUCAUCACUUUCAGUAGCCUUUUCACCCAGGUUCACAUUGUUGUAUUCUUUUGAAGCCCCCCUCAUUUUUUUUGCAGUUGUACAUUGUUUUCUUGAAUGUAAUGUGAAGGACUCAGUUUAUUACUGUAAAACACACGUUUGUUGAGAGAGUGCGUGUUACACAAAGUUACCUGCUUUAUUA